AAGUGCCUAGAAUUGUAUUCCAUUUAUUUUCCCGUUCUAAUUCGAUCAAAAUGAUCUAGCCGAGACGUUGGAUACCCAUGACGUAGUUCCUCCAUUUUCCUCUUUCGACUCUUGCAUCUGCCCACUGCUACUGGAAACCUUUCUGCUUACCAUUUUCUCCAGUGCCAUUCCAUCCACAAUCCGCUGGAUGUAGAUGGAUUUUAAGAAGCUGCUUUAUCUCAAGUCCUGAUUAUAUGUCUUUGAGAAAAGGCAGUUUGCUAGCGGUUCUCCCUUUGUCUUAACAUGCAAGAUCUUGACAUUUUCUGAAUCCCAUACAGAGCUUAAAAAACCAGAUGAGCGCCUGGCCCUGGAUUUCAAUAUAGUAGAAGUGAGUACUUCAAUAUCAUUGGGUAAAAAAUGCAUGGACAAGUCCCUGUUUCUCUAAAGGCAGCACAGAAACAGGUUUCUGACACAUGUAGCACUAUAUCAGAGUGAUCCUUUGCUGCGAUAUUUUCUCCUGGCUCCUAAUGUUCACAAGUUGAUUUCCCCUGACUAGGGAGGCUCCAUUUUGCUGGCCCAUUUGAGAGCCCUUGUCUUGUGUUCAGUGAUGUCUGACUCUUGUUCUUUUCCACCUCUGCACCUAUCCAGGAUUAACUUAAAAGUUAUCGCCCUUUGAGUGUUCAAAGGUGUGUCCAACCCCAUAGAUGCUAAGGUUAAGGCGGUGCUUUAAUUUGAGGCUCUUCACUCUUUAGGCUGCAUCCCUUCUGUCGAAAUCCAGUUUGACACAGUCUCUGCAGAGCAUUGCUCUGGCACCACAACCAACUCCCAUCCCCAGAGUUCCAUAGCAUUGAGCCGUGGCAGUUAAAGUGGUUUCCGACUGGGUUAUUCCUGCAGUAUAGAUGGGCUCUUAGAUGUGUUGGACUUUCCCCAAAGUCCUAGCCGGCAUGUCUGCCCAUGCCACCAAAAGAAGUUGAAGUACCCUUGUUACCAAAUAAAUAAAUGAGAUGAGCAAGGAAAGAGCAAAGGCUGAAUAGUGAGUUGAUAUGUGGCCCUGGCGCUUCUUUUCCUUUUUCUGGUACAAAAAUACCCCAAUUCCCAGCAGUGGCAGACGCCUCCGGAUACAACAGUUUCCCUUGGGAAGAGGUUGCACUUCUGGCACACUUUUCUUGGGCUCCAGCACGCAUCACAUUGUGCAAGGAUGGCAUCCUAGGAAUGCUGUUGCCUGUCCCCGGGGGAAGAUUUGCCCAUCUCCUCCUCCCAGACCAGGAUGGCGCCAAGACCAGCAUGGAAACAGCGGAGGCGGGAUAGGAGAGAAAACAGAGGCCCCGGUGCUUGCGCCGCUCUUUCACUGCCUGCCUCUUCCAGGCCACGGAAGGCAAGGUGGAGAUGGAGAUGGCAUUGGAGGUGCUGCUGGCCAGUCUGGUGGGGCUUUUAGGGCUCUACAUCCUCAUCUACCACAACUUCAUCAAAGGGAAGACAUGCCAGAACGAGACUAGGCUCCAGGGAAAGACAGUCCUUAUCACAGGUGGAAACGCGGGGAUCGGGAAGGCCACUGCUCUGGAUCUGGCCCGGAGAGGAGCCCGUGUUGUUCUGGGUUGCCGCGACAGAGAGCGAGCGGAAGCUGCCGUCCAGGACAUCCGGAGGGAAAGCGGGAACAAGGAGGUUGUGUUCAUGAGCCUAGACUUGGGCAGCCUGAGUUCGGUCCGAGCUUUUGCCGAGGCUUUCUUGCGGUCGGAGCCUCGCCUCGACAUCCUCAUCAACAACGCAGGUGUUUACUGUGUUGGCAAAAGCGACGAUGGCUUCAACGCAGCCUUCCAGGUUAACCACUUGGCUCACUUUCUUCUGACCCACCUGCUCUUGGAUCGGCUGAAGCAAUGCGCACCCAGCCGCGUGGUGGCAGUUUCUUCCUUUCUAUACCAGCUUGGGAGGAUUGACUUCCAAAACAUCCACUUGCCAGUGGAGGGACGCUUGGGAGCAUUCAAAUCCUACUGCAAUAGCAAACUGGCCAACGUCUUGCAUGUCCGAGAGCUGGCCAACAGACUGCAAGGGACCGACGUCAGCUGUUAUGCGCUCCAUCCAGGGAGUGUGCAUACGAAGAUCCUUCGCUACUUUCCUGGCUGGAUAAAGUCCCCCAGCACCGUUGCCUCCUGGCUCUUCUUCCGAGACGCAACAAAUGGGGCCCAGACCUCCAUCUACUGUGCCACUCAGGAAGGCAUUGAGAAGCUCAGCGGGUGCUAUUUUGAGGACUGCCGGCAAAAGGACCUCAAACCAAACGCACGGGAUCCGAUGCUGGCCAAGAAGCUGUGGGAGUUCAGUGAGAAGUUAUUGGGACUCGCUUCUUAGCUGCACCUUCAGCCGAACAUAGAAGUAACUGUCAGUAUCCGAAUUAGGGACUGGCUUGAUCAGGGACUAGAAUCAACUCUUGUUUUGUUAUAGUCUUUGAAUAGAAACCAGGGCUUUAGAUUCAGUACGGACCACAUGGCGCUUAGAAGAGGGGAAAACACAACAUCAGACCAAGAUUAGGUAAGCUUUGAAAGAUAUUUCACCAAACGCUGAGAUUCGAGGUGCUACGUCUAAGGCUUUCCACGCUGUGUAUAGAAUAUUUACUGGACUUGAAAAAUCACUAGGGUUUUAGAGGUCUUGCUGGUACUUUCCUCCCUAUUUGCUCUGUUUUAUCUACACUUCUCUGAAAUGGAAAACUGGGAAUACCUUUACAUUUUGGUAAUAAAACUGUAUGUGGUUCUUGGUCUCUUUCUUUCGUUCCAGACAUUUCUGUGGAGCUUAGGAUUAAAGAGAGCCUCUUCUUCCCAGCGAUUAUAUACUUUGAACCAGGAACAGAGUCAGAAAUAGAAAGGACAGGGAAGUUGAAGGGAGGCUGGCGCUCUGUUCUUUAAGCUGUUAGGAAGGAUCGAAUU